CAUCCAAAAUUAACAUUGACGUUGUGAAAUAUGUGAAUACAUUCACUACUGUGAAUAAAAAUCCCCACAUUUGCUUCUGAACAAUGCACAGCGUGUUCACGUUUGCACAUGUUGGUGGCGCAAAUUUAGAACAAAAAAAAAGAUCAAGAAUAAGAGCACAAUUCCUAUGUAGUUUUUAAAAGUUUCAUAUCCUCCUCAAAGUUUUACAACUGAAAUCCCUGGAUUUUGGUCAUGGUAACCUUUUAGGAAAAUAUAAAACCAAGUUACAGUUUUUAUAUUCUCAAAGGUUUACAAGAACCAAAUUGGAAAAUCCUUGAUGGAUGAACUUCAUAGGUUAAACUUCUGGAUCAUGUUGAUCAUGUUAAAAAUCUUUAGUUUGAAACCCAAUAUAUCUGUAUUCAAAAUGUGAUUAGCUUCAACUACUCAAAAGGAGGUACGUAGGAGAUGUAUUUGUGUUUUCUCCUGCCAUUGUCUGCAUUUGCCAACCUUUUGCCACACCCACGGUGUCUUCUUGCUAGAGAAGAAUCCUGUUGAGCUGGUAUGGUGUAGUUUAUAACAAAUAGGGGGAGUGGUCUCCAGCCUAGAUCACACCUCCUUUUCUCUCUCUCUCUGUUUUUCAGUUUUCCACCUCUCAUCUCGGUCACCUAAGAGGAUCUCAGGCCAUGAAGUAGCGAGCACGAGCCAACAUGCAGAGGUAGUGGUAAACAGGAGGUUAGUCAGAGACGCACGCAAGAGAGGGGAAGAUGGAUACACCGAACAGGUGUUCACAGGGCUAGGGCUGAACAGGUACCACUAAGGUAGGUGAGAAUAGUUGUUGUUAAAAACAACAGCAACGUUUCUAAGAGUCUACUGGAGAGUGGGAGUCCAAGGACAACACUACCUGAGUGAAGCUACUGAGCAGGACAACAAAGAGGAGGGUGUGUUUGUUGCAGCGAGCCGUUUCCGUGGGAACGAUGGCCUCCCUGGGCAUGCAGAUGCUGGCGAGCUCGCUGGCACUGCUGGGCUGGGCGGGUGCACUGCUCACAUGCAUUCUGCCCAUGUGGCGGGUGACGGCCUACGUGGGCACCACCAUAGUCACCUCCGAGGUCAUCUGGGAGGGCAUCUGGAUGACAUGCGUGGCGCAGAGCACCGGGUAUGUCAUGUGCAAGCCGUACCAGUCCAUGCUGGAGCUGGGCACCGACCUGCAGGCCGCCCGGGCACUAAUGGUUUUCGCCUUGCUCAUGGCCAGCGGCGGACUCCUGCUCGCCUUCGUCGGGGGCAAGUGCACCCGCUUCCUGGACGGCCAGGACCGGCUCAAGGCCCGGGUGUUGCUCGCCGCCGGAGUGGCGCUGAUCGUCGCCGCGGUCCUGUGCAUCAUCCCGGUGUCAUGGACCGCUGCGGUGGAGGUGCAGAAAUUCUAUAACCCCCAGAUGUCAGACUCUCAGCGUCGAGAACUCGGGGCUGCAGUGUACAUCGGGUGGGGGGCUUCCAUCCUCUUCUUCCUGGCGGGGGGAAUGUUCUGCAGCUCGGCCUGCUCUCGGAAGCCCUCCGAGAACAACACGCCCGCCGUGAAGUACGUCCUUGUGCGCUCAUCCGUUAACGGCAGCUCCAGACACACCCCAGGCCCGUCCGUCCGCUCCCUCCCAGAGGGCAGCCAGUGGGGCAGGCAGCCCAUCACAAUGGCGAAGCUCCCCAGCCAUGCACCCUCCGUGGGGUCCAACUACAGCAAAGCGCCCUCCACCAAGUCCCAGCUCCCUAGGCCUAUGUCACCCCAGUCCGAGGUGAGUGAGGGGCCCUCCACCAAGUCCCAGCUCCCUAGGCCUAUGUCACCCCAGUCCGAGGUGAGUGAGGGGCCCUCCACCAAGUCCCAGCUGCAGAGGGCAAACUCCACUAAGAGUGUGGAGUCUCUGACCAAGUCCCAGCUCAAUGACACAGCUCCAUUCACAGAUGAGCCACCAAUGACUCCUACAAAGACUUACAUCUGACUGACAGCAUUUUCUUCAAGGCACUGCCACAUUAUAUUCUAGUUAAAAUCACCCUGAUUGGAUCAGUUGUGCACUUGGACUUUGUACUCUUCUUGCGGGCCAGUCAAGAGUGAAAAUAUAUAUUUAAAAUGAAGCUGUUGAAAUGUAUAUGUUUUUCUUAAUGUUCAAAUGUAUGUCUAGUAAAAUGAAGGAAAGAUAAUUUAUGUAAUUUCACAGUGCUCGUGUGUUCCUUUGAUGUGUAAAAAAAUGAAUGUGAAUUGUGAUCUUGAUGUUAUUACUUUUUCAGUUAUUGAAAUGUGAUCCUGAAAUAGUUCUUAGAAAAUGUGUUCUGAAAUGUUAUCCUGCAGCUAUUUGAAUGCUCAUUUUGAUGUUAUCCAAAUAAAAGUUUAUACAUUUCUAGAUAUAUCUUUUACACAUUGUAUCUAUUUUUAUUUCAUUUGCCCAAGGAGCACAAUCAAUCAAACUGAGGAGCACAAUGACAAUCAAUAUCAAUCAAUGAAUAAGAGCUCAAUAUGUCUUCAUAAUUUGAUAUUAUCUAUGUGUCAUGCUAUUUUGUAGUAUUAUUUUGAGGGGCUUGCUAGUCCGUUACAUCGAUACCCUCUCCCACUUUCUUCCUGGUAUCGUUCUCAAUUAUGGCUUCAGCAAAGUGAAAGAGCAUCUGUGGUAAAACCGGUUUGACAGAGAACGAGCUAAUAAAGAUGCUUUGCAUUCUGUCAGGACUUUGUAUAUUUGCAAUGGAUUCAAAUCCAGUUUCACUGUGAGGCAAGCUAGGAAAUCAUGCAGUUUUGGAGUCAUGAUUCAACAGAUGUUUUGCUUUUGUUAUACUUUAAUAUGAGACUGUUUUGGGGAUGUUUAGUAAAGUAGUAGUUAAGAAAUAGUAGCUAGAGUAGUAGCUAGAUAGUGGUUAAGAAAGGAAAUGGUUAAGGAAUACUGUGGUUAUUUGGUUCACCUGUCUGAGUAUAACAUGGAUAUGUACAUAAGAAUUUGACUUUUAGUUGACAACAGGAAUAGAACAGGGAGUCUUUUAAAUGUUUUUAGUGUCUUCCACAAAGUUAAUAUACUGUCUUUCCCAGUCAGACGGUUAGAUGUCUUUUUUUUAGAAACUAAGAAAUCCCAGAGACUACAAUAUUGUCCUCUACAUCAGCUGCUUUUUAUUUAAAUAAGUUAAAAGAGAUUUUAAAUGUCAGCAUGAAACAGCAGCAGGUAGAUAGUAGGAAGUACAAAAGAUUGCAUGUAUCAGGUUCAAAACACACCUUACAGAAUGAUCAAAAACAACAAAGGGAAAACAGAAGGUGUUCAUGCUCCA